AUGCAUCAUCCCGAAGAAGAAGAGGAUUACGACUACGAGUCGCUAGGAAGUAACACCACCAUGUUACAAAACGCAUUUGCAGGUGCUUUAGCUGGUAUCGCAGAGCAUUGCGCCAUGUAUCCAGUCGACAGUAUAAAGACAAGGAUGCAAGUGAUAUCGUCCAACACCAAAAUCAUUCAACAGCAACCACCAGUGACGCUUCGAAAUUUAUGGAAGGGUGUGAAUUCAGUUGUUUUGGGUGCAGGACCAGCACAUGCUUUACAUUUUGCAACCUAUGAAUUUUGUAAAGACUAUUUUGGAGCUAAUUCGAGUGGUCAUCAUCCUCUGGCUUCUGCUGCUGCUGGUGCUUGUGCAACAUUAGCCCAUGAUUCGCUGAUGAAUCCAUUUGAUGUCGUCAAACAACGUAUGCAAUUGCGUGAUUCAACUUAUAGAACGAUCCGAGAAUGUGCACGCAGCGUCUAUGUCAAGGAAGGCAUCACAGCAUUUUAUAUAUCGCUACCAACAACACUUGUCAUGUCGAUUCCAUUUCAGUCGAUCCAAUUUGCAACAUAUGAAUUUUUCCGAAAAGUGCUUGGUACAGAGACAACAGGAUACGAUCCCAAAACACAUAUUUUUGCUGGUGGCCUAGCGGGUGCAGUUGCAUCCUCCGUUACCACACCUCUGGAUGUUGUAAAAACGCUGUUACAGACCAGAGGCACCAGCAGUGAUCCUCGUAUUAGAAAUGCAACAGGAUUCAGAGACGCUUCGAGUAUUAUCAUGGAAAGAUAUGGAUUAAAGGGCUUCUUCAGAGGAUUCAGACCUCGUGUAUUAACACACAUGCCAAGUGCUGCCAUCAGUUGGAGUGUCUAUGAGUAUAUCAAAUGGAUGAUCAAUGUGCGAAACACUUCAGAGAAGCAAGAACAAAACCAGCAAAAAGAAAACUUUGUCUCUCUUUAA